CGGGCCCUGGCCGGGGAGGAGUGGAGUGGGCCUGGCUAGGAGAGGCCCAGCCCUGCUGGCGCCACUGCCCACCUGUUGUCCGGAACAGGCCGCGCUCUGGGCGGGAGCUUUCCUUGGAACUUACUUGGGAUGGGUCCGGGGGUAGGAGGAAGCGGAGGCGUAGUUGGACUUCGGGGGCAGUUUGAAGGGUCGAGUGCUGCGUGGUAGUGCGUGCGGAGAGGGGCGAGGGCGAGUGGGCGCCCUCCAGGCAGGGGCGCCGGUGGCGCAACUUCGCCGGCCGGUGCUAGGGGCCAAGAGAGAGGAGCUGCCGCUUCCUCUUCUUGCGAAGUUUCUUCCCUCCUUCACCGAGAUGCUGUUGCGCCCUUCCGUGUCACCCCCACCCGUUUGCUACUGACAUCCAGUCCGUGUUGAUGGGGAAAACGUAAGGCAGAAUGGCCUUCAACUCUCAUUUUUCUCAUGGAGCUAAGAUGAGCGUGGAGAAAUAAACGUAGCCUUUCGCGAUCCGGCCCUUUAGGUUGGGGGAAUCCCCCUGAAUCUACGGAACAGUUCCAUUCCUUCCGAAGCCAUCUGUUGAGUCUUCAAGUCCAGGAGGUUCAGCAACGUCAGAUGACCAUGAAUUUGAUCCAUCAGCUGACAUGCUGGUUCAUGAUUUUGAUGAUGAACGAACAUUAGAAGAGGAAGAAAUGAUGGAAGGAGAAACAAACUUCAGUUCUGAAAUAGAGGAUCUUGCAAGGGAAGGAGACAUGCCAAUUCAUGAACUUCUCAGUCUUUAUGGUUAUGAUAGUACUAUUCGACUCCCUGAAGAAGAUGAGGAGGAGGAGGAAGAGGAAGAAGAAGGUGAAGACGAUGAAGAUGCUGAUAAUGAUGAUAACAGUGGCUGUAGUGGGGAAAAUAAAGAAGAGAAUAUAAAGGACUCAUCAGGUCAAGAGGAUGAAACUCAGUCUUCCAAUGAUGAUCCGUCACAAUCUGUUGCUUCUCAAGAUGCCCAAGAAAUAAUCCGGCCACGUCGAUGUAAAUAUUUUGAUACAAAUAGCGAAAUAGAAGAAGAAUCUGAAGAAGAUGAAGAUUAUAUUCCAUCAGAAGACUGGAAAAAGGAGAUUAUGGUGGGCUCCAUGUUUCAAGCAGAGAUUCCAGUUGGCAUUUGUAGAUACAAAGAAAAUGAAAAAGUAUAUGAAAAUGAUGAUCAGCUCCUGUGGGACCCUGAGUACUUACCAGAAGAUAAAGUGAUUGUAUUUCUUAAGGAUGCAUCUAGAAGAACAGGUGAUGAGAAAGGUGUAGAAGCAAUUCCUGAAGGAUCUCACAUAAAAGACAAUGAACAGGCAUUAUAUGAAUUGGUUAAAUGCAAUUUUGACACAGAAGAAGCACUGAGAAGAUUAAGAUUUAAUGUAAAAGCGGCUAGAGAGGAAUUAUCUGUUUGGACAGAAGAAGAGUGUAGAAAUUUUGAACAAGGGCUAAAGGCCUAUGGAAAAGAUUUUCAUUUGAUUCAGGCUAAUAAAGUUCGAACAAGGUCAGUUGGUGAAUGUGUAGCAUUCUAUUAUAUGUGGAAAAAAUCUGAACGUUAUGAUUUCUUUGCUCAGCAAACGCGAUUUGGAAAAAAGAAAUAUAAUCUUCAUCCUGGUGUAACGGAUUACAUGGAUCGUCUUCUAGAUGAAAGUGAAAGUGCUGCUUCUAGUCGAGCACCAUCCCCUCCCCCAACUGCCUCAAACAGUAGUAACAGCCAGUCUGAGAAAGAAGAUGGCACUAUAAGCAAUAGUAAUCAGAAUGGGGUGUCAUCUAAUGGACCAGGUGAAAUGUUGAACAAAGAAGAAAUAAAAGCUGAAGGGUUACAUGUGAAUGGACCAACAGGUGGAAAUAAGAAACCACUUCAUGCAGACGUGGAUACUAAUGGUUAUGAAACAGAUAACCUUACCACUGACCCAAAACUUGCCCAUAUGACUGCAAGAAAUGAAAAUGAUUUUGAUGAAAAAAGUGAGAGACCUGCCAAAAGGCGAAGGGUAAAUAGCAGUGGAAAAGAAAGUCCAGGUUCUUCUGAAUUUUUCCAGGAAGCAGUGUCACAUGGAAAAUUUGAAGAACUUGAAAACACCGAUGACUAAAUUUUAGACUUAUUUUACUUUCUUUGGAGUAAAAUCUGGUGUGACUAAAAUUUUCAGGGUUGAUGGGUUACCUUAAAAAGUUGAUUUCCUUGAAGCAGUUGGUUAAAUUUGAAAUGAGUCCUGAUUUUAGUAAGAUUUCAUAAUUCUGCCCUUUGUAGACUUUUUACUUUAAAAGUGUAAAGACCCUGUUAAGGCUAUAACAAAUAGUUUAGUAAAUUUGAAUGAACUAUGGAAAUAUCUGUACCUUCUCAUUUGAUGUGUUAAUCUUAAAAGCUCACUACCGGUACUUUUUGCUUAGUUUGAUGGCAGAGAAGAAAAAACCAAGUUCUGAUUUCUGUUGAACACCAGUUUUUCUGAGUUUCUUGAAAUGUCUUCUUUUUUUAAGACAUUUUCUCUCCAUACAAAUUGAGUGUCAUUAUUAAGGAAACCCUUAUGAAUCCUGAAAGUUAUGCUAGCAUGAUUUUUUAUAUAUAGAAGUUUAAAAAUAAACCAAGUCAGGUUUGUAUAUGUAAAAUUGUUGACAUCAAUGAUGUCUUUCCAUAUUCUUAUCUGGGCUUAAGAAAUACAUUCUGUAUUUUUCCAGAUUCUUUGUAGCCUUUGAAAGAUUUUUACAGUACAUAUGUCUUGACUGAGCUGUCCUUUCUUAAUACAAAAGCUUGUAUAAUUUUCUUAACUUGUACAGUUGGUAAACUUUUAUGAGAGGAAUUGAUAUUCUGAGUCUGUCAGCUUUCAUUUUAUUUUGCUAAGGUUUUUCUAAUGAAUUUUUAAGUGUUUGUGUAGUAACUAAGUCAUGUUUCUUAUACAGGUGGUAAAAGCAUUCAUAAAGGAUUGUGAAAAUUUGUUUUUUCAAAUUUCUACUUAAGGACAAAUAGUUUGAGAAUUCUGAAAUUAAGCAUGAUACCUAGAUCGCAUAGUUUGUUUUGCGUUUGCUAUAAUUUUCAAAAUUAUUUUUGAAGCAAGACAAAAGUUUAAUGUUAGCUUAAGUGCUUAAAUGUAUCAUGCUGACCAGAAUCCUGUUCGAUUAUUUUUAUAUGCAUUAUAAAAUUUCCCAUUUUUGCAUUAACUAAACAGGGGAAAAGGUCAAGCAAUAUUUAGAUAUUGGCACACACAAGGAGUUGGCAGAUAACAAUAUUGAUUUUAUGUGGAAAAAGUGAUGAAGUUGAGUGUAUUUCCAAAAUGAAAAUAAGAUGAAUAACCAUUGCUCUGUGUGAUUACAAAUAGGAUCAUCUAUUUGCAUAGCCUUUCAAGAGUGCCAUUUUAUUUUUAGUGCAAAAUUCUUGUUAAAAAUGUAGUUUUAUACAGCUGAUAGACCAACCUAUAUCCAAACUUUUAUAAAAGAUUAUUAACUAUUCUUGUUUUUUUCACACAGGCAUACCCCAAAUGCUUCUACCAAUUCAUUUUCAGCCAUCAGUUCAAGAGCCAAUGCCUUUUUAAAAUAAAUCUUCUGUGGUCUUGUUUUUUAAUGGCUCAACUGUUUAAUACAAUUGAGUAAAGGUUUGCACUGAGAAAUUAUGGUUUAGGCCUUACCCCCAUGAAGUAUUACUAUUAACAUAUGUUCAGAACUGCUUCCUUCCACCAAUGUGAACAACUCUUUUCCCCAAACAGUGUUAAAAAGCCACUUGACAACACUUGACUUCAUAUAAUGUACGUUCACUGUUACUACAUACAUAUCCAAGUAAAUCAGAGUUUUGGGUGGAACUGUUGAGAAGCCUGAACUUUUUGUUUUUGUUUUGUUUUACCCUACAACAUUUAAUUUAUCCAGAAUGGCAGCUUUAGCAGAUGGUCACAAUCCAUUUUCUAAAUCAGUUUUUAUUACACAAAUCCAAAGUAUCCUAGCUCCUAGCUCUUUGUCAAAGAUGGUCUAUAGACGUGUUUCAAAUGAAUAGUGACGCUGUACUUUUUAAGUUGUUGCAAUAUUAGAGACGCUGUUUUCACCUUUUUUUAAAGAUGCAUUUUGUUUGCAGGUUUGUGAAGUUCUUGGAAACUAAUUACAGGAACAUUUUUAUUAAAUUCUCAGGCAUGUUUGCAAAUAUGGCACAUGUAUACAUGUUAGGAAAUUUUACUUUUCUUAAUCUUACCUUUUUAAAGUAUACCUAAUAAAAAGACAUUCCACUACUAUAAUACAUAAUGCUCAGCCUUUCAUGAAGAAAUAUGAAUUGUAUUUUGUGUUUAUACAGGUAUUUCACAGGACUUUGUUCUUCAUAAUGCAGCCACUAUAACUUGAUAAGUCAUUGCACUACUUUAAAAUUUUUAGUAAUAUCAUGAAUUUAAUUUGCUUUAAGAUUUAGUACAUUUCAUAACUCUUGAACUCUUAAACUGCAUUGGGAAAAGAAGACUUUGUUAAUAGUUUUCCCCCACCCCAUACCCACCCUCAGCAAAGCAC